AUGUCUAUAGCUUCAAGGAACACAGACCCUACAUCCUUAUACCAACAUAUCGACAGUGGUCAACCGUCCCCCAGUAUGGAAGACAUUGCAAACUACAACAACAAUGCCUUUUUGUCAGUGGUGAGUGAAUUCGAACCUCUCGAGCCCAACUUCCCUGGCCGACCUGAGGAAACGCCACCUCACUUCCACGUAACUGAAGAAUCUGUUUUAAAAAAGUUAUCGGCCUUAAACCCAUCUAAGGAUACUGGACCCGAUGGAGUGCCGGCAUGGCUCCUCCAAGAAAAUGCCGACCUAUUCUCCCGGCCAAUUGCUGAUAUCAUGAACAAAUCUUUUCAAGAGUCCAAGCUACCUCAAUCAUGGAAGGACGCAGAUAUAGUGCCCAUACCCAAGCAGAAGCCCAUACAUAAUGUAAACAAGCACCUUCGUCGAAUAUCACUGACUCCUGUGCUGUCAAAGAUCGCUGAGGACUACAUCGUGGAGUAUAUUAAACCUGCUGUCCUUGCAAAGGUAGAUGAAUACCAAUUUGGGACGGUACCAAAGUCUAGCACUACACUAGCCCUGAUCAGCAUGGUCCACUCAUGGCUGAGUGGGACCGAUGGUAACGGCGGCACGGUUCAUGCUGUACUAUUCGACUUUCGUAAGGCCUUCAACCUUAUCGAUCAUAGGAUCUUAGUUAACAAACUCUCGACGUACGGCCUCCCCAACAGCCUUGUGUCGAUCAUAGGAUCUUAG